CAGACUGGGAAACUAGACACGGGCGGAGAGUGUUCCGUUCCCAAGUAUGUGCAGUUCUCAAGGGGCGGAGACAAGGCUGCAUCCACAGCGAGCUGAGCUGAGCGGCGCGGAGAGCUACCUCAGUACGGGCUCCCGCUGCUGGGACAGGGCUAAUAAGUUAGCUAACAAUAGGACUCUCUUUUGGUCCCUCAUGGCUCCGUGUUUUUUAAUGACAGAAAGGACUGGCGCUUCCCACGAGAAUCGUGUGUGGUGAGGUGACUGUGGGACUCGAACAAGUGACCCAUCUCAGUUGGGAAUGUGGGAUAGAACAACCCCGGCUACCGACCUCCCGGCUGGAAUCCUGUGAGAAUUGGAAGUUCCGGUUGCCCAGGUUAUGGAAGAAAGUGUUCUUUCUAUUGCGUGAAUUUUUUUUAGAUAACUUUUUAAAAACUUAGACUUAAUAUUACAACCGAGCCACAAUGAGGAGCACAGAGGAGGCGGAGGGCUUGGACGGCGAGGCCUCCAACACCUCCAUGAUCUCCGGGGCGAGCAGCCCCUAUCAGCCCACCACCGAGCCAGUCCACGCGAGGGGUAUCUUUGGGGAGAUUCGCUGCGAUGUGGACUACCUCAAGUCAUACUUUGGUAUUUUAAAGGGAGUCGAAGUGGUCCUGUCACUCAUCGGAUUCAUCUGCAUAGAAACCAUCAUGAUGUGUUCCCCAUGUGGAGGCGUCUACUUCUUUGAGUUUGUCAGCUGUAGCGCCUUUGUGGUCACGGGCACCCUUCUUGUGAUUUUCUGUCUCAACCUGCACACCAAGGUGCCCCACAUCAACUGGAACCUCACGGAUUUGGGCAACACGGCAGCCAGCACCUUCUUCUUCUUCUUGUCCUCCCUGGUGUUGGCCUGUAUCAAACACAACACUGGAACAGAGAUAGCAGCAGUGACCUUUGGCUUCCUGGCCACAGGUGUGUAUGGCCUAAACACUUUCCUGGCGGUUCGGCGUUGGCGCCGUGGCAACUCUGGCGGGAGCCAGAGAGCAACUCAGAGCAGCGAGUACAUGCGAGCGCGCACGGCCUCUCGUGGAGAAAUGGAAGCGCGACCUGAGCUUGCAUGAGAAGACGAUCAGACGAGCUGGAAGGAAAAAAACAGAUAACUGACAGGGAAGGACACCGUAUGGAGUAGAAUGGUGGACCUAAGUCAGGAUUUGGAGCGACAUCACAAGACUUCCUGCCUCCAUUCCUGAGGCACAGAUGUGCUCUGCGGGUUUGUUUACCAUGAAUCCAACACAAGCAUUCCACAAUAAAAAAAAAAGACUCACUUUGGGGAAGAAGUGAAAGAAUGGAAACAGUAAAACUUUUAUUCAUGUCGAGGAUGACCUCCACUGAGGUGCAGACAUGGCUGACUUUACGUCUCUGCAAAAUCCUUGCAGCUACUCAUGUUCUGUCUUUUUCACGUGUUGCAUCUGACUGUGAAGUAGUCGCGGGGUAGUUGAGCUGCUGUUGUGAGUCGCUCGUCACUUGUCUGUGAGGUGAUUGCACGGCGAUGAUGAUCCAGCAACAGGAACCAAGGAACCACUCCUUUACUUACACCAGCUGUUGUCCAGACGAGGCUGAUAUUAAAUAUUUAAUCACGCUGAUUUAGUUCAUUCCUUCUUUUUCUUCAACUGCCUUUCAUCAGUGAUGAUUAGCCACUACAGAUAACUUUGCUGUGUGAAAUAUUUUUUUUUUACAAUAUGAAUAUUGUGCAUUUUGAGGUGAAAUAUGAGUACCUUUCAAAUUGGUGAGAAAUGAAGUUUUGGAUCCAUUCCAUUUGUGUCCAUUUGGUUUUGUGUCAACACUGUGAUCAAGUACAAUGAAGCGAUGAAAAGGUGGUUCCUUUUUUGCACAUGUAAAAGUGAUACACACAUCUGUAGUGGAUUCCUAGAACUCAGGUGUUUGCGUACCCCGUUCCCUUUUAUGACAACUUUGGCAAGACAAUCAACCAGUGCGUCAAUACGAAUGCCUUAUUAGACGUGAUAGAUCUAUUUGUGUGUGAAGGUUUGUAACUUUACGGUACUGCCCUUUUUUUUUUUAACAUUUUAACAGUUUUCAGUACUCUGGUUCUCUUAUAAAUCUGUAUUUAUCAUCCAGGAAAUCCAAUUAUUACUUGGCACUCCAUUGUGAAUAUACUGUACUUACCAGACACUGCACACUAAUCAAUCCCAUGUUUUUUUUCUGUCUACUUACUGUAUAGCGCCACCUCAUGGUCUUCUUUUUAAACGUACUCCAGCUCUUGUACAGUACUGCUUUUGAACACUUGUCUGAACAAAGCAUUCCAUUCCAUUCCAGUCCAUUUUCAUGUAUGCAAACUCAUACAGUAUAUCAUUAAUAUGGCAAUAAUCACUGCAGGUAUUUAAUAAAUUAU